GUGUGAAUCAAAGCUGUAGCACUGACAGCGAAGGCUGAUUACCAUGAGCUUGGACGCACAGCUGUAAUCUGGAGAGGGUGGGGUGCGUUUCUGGAGGAUUCUGCAGGAAUCAUUCGAGGACACCCCGUUUCAUGAGUUUAUUGUGGAGGCUGCUUUUUCCUCUCAGAAAGGUAGCUAGCCUCCCCCUGUGGAAGCCACAGCGCUGAUGUGAAGACUGAAGGCUCUCACAACUGAUCAGUGCAGCACGAAUAGCUGUUUUACUCUGUGUGUCUCAGAUCCAAUGACUGGAAGAGAGUGACCCCAACUCGCACGGCAAAAUGUCAAAGAGACCAUCCUAUGCUCCUCCGCCUCCACCUGCCCCAACAACUCAAAUGCCCAACACCCCCGGGUUUGUGGGGUACAACCCGUACAGCCACCUGGCCUACAACAACUACAGGCUCGGGGGGACCCAAAGCAGCAACAGUCGGGCAACGAAUUCCUCUGGAAUAAACAUCCCAAAGCCUCCCAAACCACCCGACAAGCCGCUGAUGCCAUACAUGAGAUACAGUCGAAAGGUUUGGGAUCAAGUAAAAGCCUCCAAUCCUGAUCUGAAGCUAUGGGAAAUUGGGAAGAUAAUCGGUGGCAUGUGGAGGGACCUCACUGAUGAGGAGAAACAGGAUUAUUUGAAUGACUACGAAGCAGAGAAGAUUGAGUAUAAUGAGAGCAUGAAGGCCUAUCACAACUCGCCAGCCUACCUGGCCUAUGUCAACGCUAAAAGCCGGGCCGAGGCAGCUCUGGAGGAGGAGAGCCGCCAGAGGCAGUCCAGACUGGACAAGGGCGAGCCUUACAUGAGCAUCCAGCCGGCCGAGGAUCCAGAUGAUUUUGACGACGGCUUCUCCAUCAAGCACUCGGCCGCCGCCCGUUUCCAACGCAACCACCGUCUGAUCAGCGAGAUCCUGAGCGAGAGCGUGGUCCCAGAUGUGCGGUCCGUCGUCACCACUGCUCGCAUGCAGGUCCUCAAGCGCCAAGUCCAGUCUUUGAUGGUGCAUCAGAGAAAAUUGGAGGCAGAGUUGCUUCAGAUUGAAGACCGCCACCAGGACAAGAAAAGGAAAUUCAUUGAAGCCACAGAGUCAUUCAACAGUGAGCUCAAAAGGCUGUGCUGCAUGAAGGUGGAGGUGGACAUGGAGAAGAUUUCUGCAGAGAUAGCUGCAGCAGAGGAGGCUGCACGCAAACGGAUGGCCGAGCGCGAGAAGGACUCUGGUGACCGAGGCCCGAGAGAAGCGCCCUCCUGUGUUCUGGCAGAGGAGGAGAAGCACGUUUGUGUGACGCACGGCAAGUCCCAGCAGAGCUCUCACACCAGGGACAGCAGCAACAAGGAGGGCGAGGACGCAGAGUCGGCCAGCGCCGACACACCAGGAAAACAGAAAUCGUCCGAGGAGCUGGAGGCUCCUCCUGGCAGCGAGGAGGGGGCGUCGGAGGACAAAGAGAGCGUUCCAGAGGGAGCCAUGGAAGAGGGAACCAGCGACAGCAACACGGGCUCGGAGACCGCCUCGGCUCAGACGGAAGAUCCCCAAACCAGCGAUCCGUCCGAGGGGCCCAGCAGGGCCAGGGCAGCCCACUGAGACCCACGCGUCAUCGCACAAUCUCACCUCUGCUUAUCAAAGAGGAGCACUCAGAUGGGUUUACUGUAAAACAAGCCCAGGGUUUAAAAUCCGAAGCUCUCAGAGACAAAAAUCUGCACUCAGAGCCGACGAAGCCAAGCAGCGACCCGGUUCAGCUGCUAAAGUGAAGCACUACGUCGUCAGAGCGCACGGAUCCUUCUUCAGCACAACGAGGCCCAAGUGUGACACUAAACUUUAUCCUCGUAUCGUAGUCUUAUUGUUGCAUUAUUAUUUGUCGUUUUGCAUGUGGCGGUUAUUUUUGCUUUGAACUCGUGAAUGGUGAAGCUUUGUGAGCAUCUCCUCAGCGGGAGAAUACCCGUUUACUCUCUGUGUCAGUAUUUCAGUGACGGUAUUGUCUCAGGAGUUUGUGGUCACUAAUUAGUGGUUAUUGUUUUAUUUAUUAUCAGCAUUUUUAUUGUUCUUGUGUACGUGGUGCUCUGGGUACAGCCCAUCUUUAAGUGUUUAUCAUAAAUGCUGUAAAAUGCUCCACCAGUGUUCUCAAGUUUGCUCGCUGCCAAUCAAAUCAAAAGCAGUAUGCUUUAGAACGUGUGUGUGUGUGUGUGUGUGUGUGUGUGUUAUUGCGGUUUUUAGCAGGAAACUUUUAAACGUACCGUUAAUGUGUACAACGUGUAACGAGGUCUGUGGAUUUUCAUGUCGUAAAAACAGCUUGAAGAACACUCAUGAACAUGCGGUCUUGAUAUGAAUUUUGUUUUGCAUAUUUAUAAAAAUAAACUUUUUUUACCCAGAAA